UGGUUGUGGUUGUGACAGCGCAAGUGGGCGGGAUUUUACCUCAGAUCGGGGGAGAGAGUCUAGUCUUUGGUGAGACUGAGGGGGAGUUACAGAGAGAAAGGGACCUGGGGUGCUCUUCAGAGAACGGAAUCUUCAUGCAUGGUGAUCUCUGGCUCUGUGGGUGAUCCUUCGUCACCAUGAGAGACUAGGAACUCAGCUCUCCAAGGGAAAUGGCUUGUUUCAUAAAACCCCAUCCCUCCUACCCGGCGUAUGACUCCACCUGCCUGUAAAGGGCCCGUCAGCUGUUCAUUGGAAUUAUCACUGUUCGCUGUCUUGAGGAUUUAAAGUUUUCCGGACCUUUUUAUUUUUCCCCCCCUCCUCCAAACCCCGCUGUCGAGUCAAAGCAGCAACGCUUUGCAGUAGACUGGUGAAGCAGCAAGACAAUGGCGAACAACUCGUACAGUGGGGUGAAGAACUCCAUGGUGGAGGCCAACCACGAUGGAGAGUUUGGCUGCACACUCAAAGAACUGCGCUCCUUAAUGGAACUGAGAGGCGCCGAGGCGCUAACUAAAAUUGGGGAAUCUUAUGGGGAUAUUCAAGGACUCUGCAAUCGGUUAAAAACAUCAGCUGUGGACGGUCUAAGCGGACAGCCUACAGACAUUGAGAAGCGGAAAACAGUGUUUGGGCAGAAUCUAAUACCGCCCAAAAAGCCCAAAACUUUCUUACAAUUAGUGUGGGAAGCACUACAGGAUGUCACGCUGAUUAUCCUAGAAGUGGCAGCCAUAGUUUCACUAGGCCUUUCUUUUUAUAGACCUCCAGAUGCUGAAAGAGAUCACUGUGGAAAAGCUGCUGGUGGCGUGGAGGACGAGAACGAGUCCGAGGCGGGCUGGAUCGAGGGCGCCGCCAUCCUUCUGUCAGUUAUCUGCGUGGUGCUGGUGACGGCGUUUAACGACUGGAGUAAAGAGAAGCAGUUCAGGGGCCUCCAGAGCCGCAUCGAGCAGGAACAGAAAUUUACUGUCGUCCGUGGAGGACAAGUUAUUCAAAUUCCUGUGGCUGAGAUUGUGGUUGGCGAUAUUGCACAAAUAAAAUAUGGUGACCUCUUGCCUGCUGAUGGAGUCCUCAUCCAAGGCAACGAUCUGAAGAUCGAUGAGAGCUCGCUCACAGGGGAGUCCGACCAUGUCAAGAAAACACAAGAAAAAGAUCCAAUGCUGUUAUCAGGCACCCAUGUAAUGGAAGGCUCAGGGAAAAUGGUGGUCACUGCUGUGGGUGUCAACUCACAAACUGGAAUUAUCUUCACUUUACUCGGGGGCGGCGAGGAUGACGAGGACGAUGAGGAGGAAAAGAAGAAGGAAAAAGAAGAGAAGAAGAAGCAGAAAAAAAAUAAGAAGCAAGAUGGCUCUGUGGAAAAUCGCAAGAAAGCUAAAGCACAGGACGGCGCUGCCAUGGAGAUGCAGCCGCUGAACAGCGAUGAGGGAGCCGACGCAGAGGAGAAAAAGAAAGCCAACCUGCCGAAGAAGGAGAAGUCUGUGCUGCAGGGAAAACUCACCAAGCUAGCAGUUCAGAUUGGAAAAGCAGGUCUGGUCAUGUCAGCCAUCACUGUCAUUAUCCUGGUGGUGCUGUUCGUGGUCGACACGUUCUGGAUCCAGAAUCUGCCCUGGGUCAAGGACUGCACCCCCAUUUACAUCCAGUUCUUUGUGAAAUUCUUCAUCAUCGGCGUCACUGUCCUGGUGGUGGCCGUCCCCGAAGGCCUGCCGCUCGCUGUAACAAUCUCCCUGGCAUACUCUGUUAAGAAAAUGAUGAAAGAUAACAACCUGGUGCGUCACUUGGACGCCUGUGAGACGAUGGGCAACGCCACCGCCAUCUGCUCCGACAAGACCGGCACCCUGACCAUGAACCGCAUGACGGUGGUGCAGGCCUACAUAGCCGAGAAACACUACAAGAAGAUCCCCGAGCCGGAGAACAUCCCCUCCUCCUCCUUAGACAUGCUUAUUCUGGGCAUUGCCGUCAACUGCGCCUACACUACUAAGAUCAUGCCCCCGGAGAAGGAAGGGGGUCUGCCACGACAGGUUGGAAACAAGACCGAAUGUGCCUUGCUUGGCUUUUCUAAUGACUUAAAACGGGACUACCAGAGCAUCCGCAACGAGAUCCCCGAGGAGAAACUCUACAAAGUCUACACCUUCAACUCGGUCCGCAAAUCUAUGAGCACCGUGUUGAAGAUGGCCGAUGGCAGCUACCGCAUGUUCAGCAAAGGAGCAUCGGAAAUCCUCCUAAAAAAGUGCUAUAAAAUCCUGACGGCAAACGGCGAGCCGAAGGUGUUCCGUCCGCGCGACAGAGACGACAUGGUGAAGAAGGUGAUCGAGCCCAUGGCCUCAGAGGGCCUGAGGACCAUCUGCCUUGCUUAUAGGGACUUCUCCACCGCCGACGGGGAGCCCGACUGGGACAACGAAAACGACAUCCUCACUGGACUCACCUGCAUCUGCGUGGUGGGCAUCGAGGACCCCGUGCGGCCGGAGGUCCCAGACGCUAUCAGGAAAUGCCAGCGAGCUGGCAUCACGGUGCGGAUGGUGACUGGGGACAACAUAAACACAGCUCGAGCCAUCGCCACCAAGUGUGGCAUCCUCCAGCCUGGAGAUGACUUCCUCUGCCUGGAGGGGAAAGAGUUCAAUCGGAGGAUACGUAAUGAGAAAGGAGAGAUCGAACAAGAACGCAUUGACAAGAUCUGGCCCAAACUACGAGUACUAGCUCGCUCUUCUCCCACAGACAAACACACCUUAGUAAAAGGCAUAAUCGACAGCACAGUGGCAGAACAGAGGCAAGUGGUCGCGGUAACAGGAGACGGUACAAAUGACGGUCCCGCCUUGAAGAAAGCCGACGUCGGCUUCGCCAUGGGAAUCGCCGGGACAGACGUCGCCAAGGAGGCGUCUGACAUCAUUCUGACCGACGACAACUUUUCCAGCAUCGUCAAAGCCGUCAUGUGGGGACGAAACGUCUACGACAGCAUCUCGAAAUUCCUCCAGUUUCAGUUAACUGUCAAUGUAGUGGCUGUCAUUGUAGCAUUUACAGGAGCCUGCAUCACACAAGACUCCCCGCUGAAGGCAGUGCAGAUGUUGUGGGUCAACCUGAUCAUGGACACCUUCGCCUCGCUAGCGCUGGCCACCGAGCCGCCCACAGAAUCCCUGCUGCUGAGGAAGCCGUACGGCCGCAACAAGCCGCUCAUCUCCCGCACCAUGAUGAAAAACAUCCUGGGCCAGGGAGUGUACCAGCUGAUCAUCAUCUUCACCCUGCUCUUUGCCGGAGAGAAGCUGUUCGACAUCGACAGCGGCAGGGACGCGCCCCUCCACGCGCCCCCCUCCGAGCACUACACCAUCGUCUUCAACACCUUUGUCCUGAUGCAGCUUUUCAACGAAAUCAACGCGCGCAAGAUCCACGGCGAGAGGAACGUCUUCGAGGGCAUCUUCAACAACAUGAUCUUCUGCAGUAUCGUCUUUGGAACCUUCGUCAUCCAGAUCGUCAUCGUGCAGUUCGGAGGGAAGCCGUUCAGCUGCGUGGCUCUGUCUAUCGACCAGUGGCUGUGGUGCACUUUCUUAGGCUUUGGAUCCCUUCUCUGGGGACAGGUGAUCUCCUCAAUACCCACCAGCCGCUUAAAAUUCUUGAAAACGGCGGGCCACGGCACCCAGAAAGAGGAAAUCCCCGACGAAGAGCUGGAGGAGCUGGAGGACAUGGACGAGAUCGACCACGCUGAGCGGGAGCUUCGCCGAGGACAGAUCCUCUGGUUCCGAGGCCUCAACCGCAUCCAGACUCAGAUGGAUGUAGUGAGUGCGUUCCAGAGUGGAACUUCCUUUCAGGGGGCUCUGAGGCGGCAGGCCUCCAACUCCAGCCAACAGCAGCACGAUAUCCGGGUGGUGAAUGCAUUCCGCAGCUCCAUCUCCCUCUAUGAGGGGCUGGAGAAGCCCGAGUCGCGAACAUCGAUCCACAACUUUAUGACGCACCCCGAAUUCCGGAUAGAGGACUCUGAGCCCCACAUCCCCCUCAUCGACGACACCGACGCGGAGGACGACGCCCCCACCAAGCGCAACUCCGCCAGCCCGCGCAACGCCACGCCCACGCCGCCCUCGCCCACGCCCUCGCCCGCCACCACCGCCGCCCCCAGCACGCCGGUCUCCCCCUCCCCGAACCAGAACAAUAACGCUGUGGAGAGCAGCAACCACCUCCUCCCAGAGCCCCCCAAGUCGGGGACCCCCUCGGCCCCGGGCAGCCCCCUACACAGCCUGGAGACCUCGCUUUGAUCCCAGCGAGACCCCCCCCCCCCCCUCCCCCCGCCCCCCAGCUCCACACGUCAACACCUCUUUUUCUACCCGCCACUCAGACGAGGAGAGGGAACACUCGGGGAGGAGGGACGGAGAGCGGCGUCCGGCGGCGAGCCCCGGCGGCGAGGACAGCAGACAUUCAGAGGAAUGUAACGGAUUGGUGUGGAUUCUUUGCUCUUCUUUUCUUUUUGGUUCCUAUUAACACCCCCGUUGCGACACAGAGACUCCGUCUUCAACCCCCCCCCCCCCACACACACAAACACACACACACACACACACACCCCCCUCCUCCUCCUCCUCCUCCUCGGUAACAUUUGUUUUUCUCGGUAACAAGGGGUGACUAUAAACUCAGAUUGAAAGUGACCUGUUUUUAUUAUUCUAAUAUUAUUGCUAUUAUUUGAAUUGAGAAGGGGAGGAGCUCCUCCCGGCUUGAAGAUCGUCUGUAAGAUUUUUUUUUUUUUUUUUUUUUGAAAGAACCUUUAGCUUCUCUUUUAUCUGAAUGGUGUUGUAUAUUUAUCUCUUUGGCCCUUUUUGCUCAUUCAAAACUUAUUUCUGCUCCAUCGGCUGUUAAUAUUUUGAGUUAUUUAUGUUUUUGGAAAAAAAAAGCAGGUCUGUUUACAAAGUUUGUAGAUACUUUUUUUCUGUUUGUAGGCAAAAGAGCUUCCUGAUGUAUGAUGCAGAAAACUGGGACAGAAUAGAAAAACGAAUGAGAGGAUUAUUUCAGAUACUGCUGUAUUUUCAGGAAAAAAAAGGGUGUUUCUAUUGAAACUUAACUAUUUUUGCCUGCAAUUUUUAUUUGUUAUAUAUUUGUAGAUAAAUAUAGAACCUUCUAGCCAAACCGACAAACACUAAGGCUUGUAUAGAAAAGAGGUCGACGGGACGCGGAGGUUUUCACAGGAUUCAGGACGGGAAAGACGAUUCGAGGCCUCUGUCCACUCACAUCCGCUAUAAAUAUUUACUUCUUCCAUUUCUUCGAUAGUUUUCAUGUGCACAAAAACCUUCUGGAGUUCUUGGGUUCUCUCUUCUUUUUUUUUUUUCUUUUUUUUUUUUCUUCAUUAUUGUGUUGAAGAAUUUCCACAUGUUGAAAGGUUCCAGUCGUUGGCGCCCGGGCCCGUAUUUAGCAAGCAUGAGAGUCGGACGAGGAAACAAAGUCUUACCUCGGAGCUGGAAGCCUCCCACGCUCGCCUUCAAGCAGGAAGCAGUUUUCCUUCAUAGAUUUAUAAAUCCCAUUCACCACAGGGAGGAGAAAGUCCUUGUAUGAGAUGCUAAUUUUAGGUUUAAGAAAAUAAAAAUUGCAUUUUUUUUGUUUUUGUUUUUUUAAUGCCAAAACUCAAAAGCACUAAAACUUGCGCCGUGUUGCAAAGCUUUUUCCAAGGAGUUGUAUCUUAUUUAUUUCUCUGCACAACGUUCAUACAGACAACAUGAAUGUGCCUUGGCUUCAAGAAUUAAUUUUAUCCGUCGCCUUCAGGAAAAAAAAAAAAAAAAAGAAGAAAAAAAACUCCUCAGAUAAAUAAAUGACUUCUUCAGCUAAACGCAGGACCAAAUAAACCUCAACAUUUUAGGUCGGCUAGGUCUGAUUUCCUCCAUCUGGAUGCUUGGUAAAUAUGGACCCUGGUCGUUAUUUUCAAAAGAAAAUAGUAAUUUUCUUUUUCUUUUGUUUUUCAGCAAAAACAUUUAGCUCCCCGCCUGCCAAUGUACAAUACAGACAUUUGUUUACUCAGGCAUAGAAAAGUAUUUAAUUUUAAAGGAAUUGAUAAUGAAAAGAACCUUUUAACUUUAGACUCUGUGUAUUUAGAUAGCAAAACAUCGUCUUGUUCGGAAAAAAGCAAGUGAGUUAUUUUCAUAUUUCAUUCACUUAAAACUCAUUCUUUUAGCAAAAAUGUUUGAAUUCUCCUCCAAGUUCUGGUUUGUUGGAAUUAAAUUAUGAAACUCUAAGGUGGGGGGAAAAAGCUUGUUUCUUUUUUUUUUUUUUGUCUUUUUGUUUUGCCUUGGACCUUGUUCAUAAGACUCCUCUCACCGUUAAUAAAAUGUUGCUGCAUUUGGUUUGUUUGUAAAAUAUUUUUGACACCUGAUGUACUGGAAACGCUAAAUAAAUUGGACAUGUGCAUUUUUUUCAAGAAUAAAGACUAUAGGCUUACACUGGUAUCUAUCUGCACAGGGUACUUUAUUUCAUAGCGUUCCUAAGGGGGAAUAAGAGUUUUGAUACAAAUCAUAGUUAAAAAAAAAAAAUAAUAUGUACCUUUGUAUUUUUAUGAGAACACUGAUGAUACCUUUCAUCGAACUAAACCAAUUUUGGAUGAUUUGACACCAACCACGUUCUAUAGAGGGAGGGUUUUGGCCACUAAAAAAAAAAAAAAUGUGUUUUGUUCUGGAAUAUUCAUCUCAGGGUGCAAAUGAUGUGAAAGAGAACAGGCCUCUUUUAAGUUUGCAUAUUAACACAAUUGAUUAAUUGUUUGGGAUGUUUUUCUUGGGGGGGGGGGGGGAACUCGGGCGGCGGGUUGCAGAUUCUUCCUGCAGCCGACAGGAAAGGAAGCGGAAAUGUUCAAUCGCAACCUUCUCUGAGGGAAAUAUGUUUCUGUUUUUUUUCCUUUUCUUUCACAGAUGACAAAAAUAUAGCAGCUAGGACGGCGUAUAAAUGAGAACUCGAAAAAAGAUGAGGAAUCCAUGUCGAGGAGUUUGUUCUGUAGCUUCUUCCUGUAAUGGGAAUGAAUGUUUUUCCAUCUGUUUUAUGGAUUAUUAUUUUUUUAUCUUUUAACAUUUGGAAAUAAAAAAAA